AUGAAAUUUUUGUUAUCUCUUAUUACUAUUUUUACUAUACCAGCAAUCUUAGCUCAAUCAUCAAUUGAUCCAAUUCCUGGUACAAAAUGUGCAAAAAAUCAAGUUGUUAAUAAAGUAACAGUUUAUGAAGAUGGAGCUAUUGAGGCAGAAUGUGGUCCAAUUCCUUGUGCUACAUCUGGUGAAACAUGUAUUGAUGAUCAAAUUGCUUGUAAAGCAGAGCGUGACGUUUUUAGUGGAAUGAAAUGGGCUAGUAAUGGACAAUCUAUUCUUUUAAGAUGUUGUAACUUAAAUGUUUCUAAUAAACUUUACGUUGGAACAGAUCUUGUUACUCUUGGUUCAUAUUAUACUGGUGGACCAGUUGCAAAAAAAGAUUUAUAUGGAAAUGGUGGACCAGAAUAUGAUUUUGUAGCUAAUAUUAGAACAGAACAAGGAGGUGUUAGAUUAUGGGUGUAUAGAAUUUUAUGUCCACUUCAACAAGAAACAGUACCUUCAUCAACUCCAGUUAGUCAAAUCACUGAUGGUCGCAAUUUUGCUUAUGAAAAAAGACGUCAAUAUCUUCUUAGACAAUUAUCACAAAGUCAGCAACAACAAUCAUCAGGUGAUUUAAGAAAUAAUGCCAUGGUUGGAGAGACACGUCGUCUUCAAUAA